AUGGCCACGCCAUCAAACCCCGCACCGGCAUCGGUGCUCUUCGUCUGUCUUGGCAACAUCUGUCGUUCCACGAUGGCCGAAGGCGUCUUUAGAUCUCUCGCAGCCCCCCACCGCACAUCUUUAAUCGGCGACAUCGACUCGGCGGGGACGGGCGCCUAUCAUGUCCAUGAUCCUCCAGACGACCGCACAAUGAGCACGCUACGAGCACACGGAAUAAAAAACUACAACCACGCAGCGCGAAAAGUGACAAAGGACGAUUUCCGCACGUUUCACUAUAUUCUUGCCAUGGAUCAACAUAACCUGCGAGACCUGCUGCGGUUGCGCGAUAGUGUGCUUGCUUCGCAGAAGAAAGGGAGCAAGGGAACAACAACAACAGAGACAGAGCUUGCAGUGGUGCGAUUGUUUGGAGACUUCAACUCGGAUGGCACGCUGAACAAACGUGUCGGUGGAGGCAAGGAGAUUGAGGAUCCUUAUUAUGGCGGGAUCAACGGGUUUGAGAUGGCUUACGAGCAGGCAAUAAACUACUCCAAGGGAUUACUCUCGUAUUUGGAAAACAAGAGUGCAGAAACGGCGAAUUAA